CUAGAUUUUUCAGGAAAUAAGAUGGAAAAAGAAGGAAAAAUAGAAAAAACAAACUUCGCCAGGUACUAUUGGAAUCUCUUGUUGGUUGGUAUUUACCAUUUGAGCAUAUGUAGGUCUCUGUGUUGUACUUAUAUUUGUUGUAGCUACUGGUAGCUGUUCGUUUUGUGUGACUCUUUUUUUCUUAAAGUUGAAAAUCUUGCUUCUAGCAGUUAUAGCAGUUGUUUAUGUACACUGCAUCCUCUGUAAUUCUCUGGGUGGUUAUUACAUCAAAAUACAUAUUUUACUAGAUCAGACCGAAUUUUCUUAGGACAGUCAGCUGUUUGGUGAUUAAGACCACAUUUUAGAGGACUGUAUUGAUAUUGCAAUAGUUUUUUGUGUGAACAUAUUUUUGGCAUCUAGUACAUUGUACUAAUUCUCUUUUUAGUCUUGCAGCUUCGACAUUAAUUUUCAAUAUUUCAUCUUAUAAAUUUCUUUAUUAUUUUCUUGAAUUCUUAAGUUAACAAAAACAGUGGUAGGUGUAGUAGUUCUUUGCAGGAUACUCGUUAUUUGUAGAACUAUAUGUUCUUGGCACUCAUUCCUUUUUUAAUUUCUUGUAUAUCCACUGUGGGAUGAAUAAGACGAAUUAGUACUCAUAAAGGGUUUGUCUUGCUUCUUGCUAUAAUUGUUUUUUUCUCAUCAAUUGCUUUUAUUAUAAUGCCGUAUAUUUCAAUUGUUUGGGCCUGUACCUUGAUUUGUUCUUUAUUCAAUACCCUGAUUAAAUGUUUGUCUUUGGUUAUAGUUAGUGUGACCAACUCUAAUUUAGUCAAAUUCGGGACAAGGCUGAAAAAAAUACCUGAAAUUCGGGACUUUUCAGUGAAAAACGGGCCAUUCUCCAAAACCCGAAAAAAACAUUUAUCAGGCAUCAUUACGUCGUUGCAUGCGGCAUGCCUCGGACAGCUGAUUCAUGUGUACACCUAUACAUGAAUUGAUACUAUUUUUAAAUCCUCUUUUCAGGACGAUAUUUAAAAUACAGAAAAGAAAAAAGGUCCGCAGUUUGAGUUUUCGUAGAACUAUAAUACUAGAAUGUGGUAUUAGUAUCACACUCUAAAAAUUGUCAACUUUUUUUCGUCCCACCAAUUUCUCAGAAAAAUAACGUAUUCAAUAUUUCAAAAUAGAAUUUUACCAAAACCUCGAAAAUUCGGAUGGCCCGGAAGCCUUGUCCGGGACGCCGGGACAUGACUUCGUAAUUCGGGCCAUGUCCCGGAUUUUUCGGGCUAGUUGGUCACACUAGUUAUAGUAUUCAAUAGUUGGUUUAAUUAUUGUAUGUUUUUAACACCGGCAAUAAAUAUUGGUGGGAGUUUCUCUUCCUGUUUUUUGCCUCUUCAGUUUCUGCUUCUUGCCUCUCUUCAUUAAUUAAUACAUUUGAAUAGAUGCUCAUUAAAAACACCAAAUUGCGAAUCUAUACAUGAAAAUCUCGAAUUCUUGGGAAGUGUGAAUUUCAGAAAAAUUUAAAUCUUGCAUUGAUGUACAGGGUAGUUUUACUAAUACGAAACCAUUCAAGAAUGGAAUAUCAUCUAUAAUGGGAACAACUGGUGUGAUAGCUUGGGAUUUUCAACAAGAAAGCUUUCCAAUACAAAUGAACUGUACUAUCAUCGAUAUCGACAAUAAUGGAUAUAAUGACUGUUUGGUGAUGGAUAGUAGAGGUUUAAAAGUUGUGGAAACUAUCUCUGGUGAAGCGCUAUGGCAUGCUCACAGUUUAGAAGAAAAAUCUAUACCAGAAAUAGAUAUGCCUGUUAAAAUAGAAGAUUUAAACAAGGACGGUGUAAGUGAAUUGCUGGCAAUAUACAAGAAAAGCGGAUUUUUGAUAAUAUCUGGAAAAACAGGUCAAGCUCUCAAAAAUAUUCACCUACCAUCAACUUGUUCAUCUAUAAGCCUGGCAUCUUGCAAUACAUACUCCAUCAGCUAUCGAUGUAUACAAAUGCCAGGAAACUUGGUAACCUAUGAAGUUCUUUUAGAAGACAUCAAAGCUAAAUAUUACAACUACAGUGCUAAUUUAAGGCUGAAUCUAGGAAAAAAUGCAGGUUUUGAAACAUUUUAUGAAGUAGGUGACCGAAAACUUACUGUGGAAAAUGUAAAUACUUGUCCAAAAUGUCAAAGCAAUGUUACUUUAUACAGUGCUAAUCAGACAAAAUUAAAUUUUUGGACAUUUGAUAAUUCCAUAGUGAUGCAGCCUGUUUCUUUCAAGGUUCCUGUUGUAAAACCUAACAUAUAUUCAUCUAAAGGUUAUAUAAUAGGAUUUAUAUUAAAAAUGUGGUAUUGGCAAGAUAAAUCUAUCAAACUGUCUCCGGUAACAAGAAUCUACAAAAGAAGUGUAUCCGUUCACAAUGAAACGUAUCAUUUAAAUAAAGUGUCUGAACAAGUGUUAUUGUUAUUACUGAAAGAAAAUGAUGCACAACUAGAAAAUGUAAGUCUGACUGAUGUUUACUUGAUAUGUAAUGGACCAGCCCACAGCAAUUGUCAACCAGAUUACAAAAAUCAAGAAAAUUCCAUUUUCAUAGCUGAUCUGGACUUAGACAAUUCCUUAGAACUGAUAAGUUAUUCGAGUUCCUACAAGGAGAUAGAAAUAGAUGGGUAUGAAACUUGGCAUUUGACUUCAAAGCUUAAUGUGUUUAGACUAGAAAGUGAAUUUAGUAAAUUAUUCGAAAAUAAGUAGAUAGCAAAUUUAGAUAUAUAUGUAUUGUUAGGACACAUACCAAAGAUAAAUAUUUUUGCAACUUUUUCUCAAACACCAAUCUACUCUAUUUUAAAUUUCUUAGGAUAUACACCAAUUUUAGAUAAAUGGAAUAUUGAAAGAAAGGUUAAAUAAGGAGGGCCAAAGUU